UGCGUGCGCCGCUCCGGAGUCAAAGCAGAGAGAGCGAGAGGAAUCAGUGCGAGCGACGAACGGGAGGACGGAUAACGGUACCGAGGACAACAGGGAUGUACAGCAAACAUAGGCAGAAAAAUGCCCAAAUAUCACCGGCACAAUGUGGACGUUCGCUUAUUAUGUUGUCUUUGCUACUACUGAAUGGCAUACUGGAAAGUGCAAACGGAGAUACCCGAGUACAAGGAGAGUUAAGGGGACAGACGGUGACAGCACAAUGGAUCUCUCCUGGACGCACCAAGAGGGAGGAUGCUGGGACUGCUGCAAAACAGGACCAGUAUCCAGACAGAGGGGAAAUAGUGCUGUCCUCCAACAACCUUGAACUGGUACUACAAGUGGAACGGAAUCAGUGAGACGAAAUGCCUGGGGCACUACCAAGUACAUGGAGCUGUACAUCGUGGCUGACAGUACACUGUAUAAACGACAGAAUAAGGACUACCAAAAAACCAAGCUGAGGAUAAUGGAGAUUGCCAAUUAUGUUGAUAAGUUCUACAGGGCUCUGAACAUCCGGGUGCCUCUGAUUGGCCUGGAGGUAUGGAAGGAGAGGGAUGAGUGCAUCAUUACAGAGGAGCCCAACACCACACUCUGGUCCUUCCUACAGUGGAGACAGAAGCUUAAGUCCCGCAAGAAGCACGACAACGCACAGCUACUGACGGGAGUGAUAUUUAAAGGGACCACCAUAGGGAUGGCACCGCUGGAGGGGAUGUGUAGUCUGGAGAACUCUGGAGGCAUUAAUGUGGACCAUUCGGAUUUACCCAUCGGAGCUGCCGCCACCAUGGCCCACGAAAUCGGACAUAAUUUUGGGAUGAGCCACGACCACGAGGGCUGCUGUGUGGAGGCGACUGCGGAGCAAGGGGGCUGCGUGAUGGCUGCUGCCACCGGGCAUCCAUUUCCCCGGGUGUUCAGCCGCUGCAGUAAGCUGGACCUGGACAACUACUUCCAGAAGGGAGGAGGGAUGUGCCUCUUCAACAUGCCCGACAUGAAGGACCUGGUCGGGGGCAAGAGGUGCGGCAACGGCUUUGUGGAGGACGGAGAAGAGUGCGACUGCGGAGAGCCAGAGGAGUGCAGUAAUGACUGCUGCAAUGCCAACAACUGCAGUCUGAAGGCAGAGGCUCAGUGCGCCCACGGGGUGUGUUGCGAGGGCUGUAAGCUGAAGCAGGCAGGUACCAUGUGUCGUGGUCCUGCGGGAGCGUGCGACCUGCCAGAGUACUGCACUGGUGGCUCUCCCUACUGCCCGUCCAACGUUUACCUGCUGGAUGGAUCCUCCUGCCAGUAUGGUCACGCCUACUGCUACAACGGCAUGUGUCUGACCCACGAACAGCAGUGUCUGCAGCUGUGGGGUUACGGUGCCCGGCCAGCGCACGACGCCUGCUUUCAAGACGUCAACGCAGCAGGGAACGCGUUUGGAAACUGUGGGAAGGACGGUCAGGGAAACUACAUGAAGUGCGAAAAAAGCGACGCCAAGUGCGGGAAGAUCCAGUGCCACAGCGCGGCCAAGAAGCCGAAGGGCACCAACGCAGUGUCCAUAGACACCACCAUCCGGACAGACGGCAUGGAGGUGAAGUGCAGGGGGACAUAUGUCUACACCACCCAGGAUGGACAAGGGGACCUCCCUGACCCGGGCCUCGUCAUGACCGGCACCAAGUGUGGAGAGGGGAAGGUGUGCAGGGACCGCCGGUGCCAAAACGCCUCUUUCACCGAGCUGGAGGGCUGCAUCGCUCGCUGUCAUGGCCAUGGGGUGUGCAACAGCAAUGGCAACUGUCACUGUAACCGAGGGUGGGCACCUCCCUUCUGUGAGAAGCUUGGUCUGGGAGGCAGUGUGGACAGUGGGCCUGUCCAGUACCACAGUCAGCUGGGCUUGGUGUUGGGUCUUCUGUUUGUCUUCCUGGUUCUCCUACCUGGGAUCCUCAUCACCUUCUACUGCUAUAAGAUCAAGAGCUCCUACUACCACAAGUGGCUCUCCCAGAGAGACAAGAACAACAAGGCUAACAGACUUGAAGGCUCCAUGGAGAAGGGUAAGAAUGGACACCUCAACCCGGCGUUUCAUCUGAAGGUGGUGGGGCCGGCGAACAAAGGAAACAGUCACAAGGGGCUUCCUCACACCAGCAAAGAGGUGCUACCUCUCCGGCCGGGCCCCACCCCUAACGGCACUCAGCCUGUCAACAUCGUGCGUCCCCUAAGGCCCGCCCCCUCGCCGCACAACACGCCACGGCGCUUCAAGGUGGCCCACCCACCUUUACUUGUCAGCAAGCAACCCGGGGCCCUGCCGAAAUCCCCGGCCCCCCCUCAAAAACUUACGCCACCCAAGAAACCACUUCCCCUCAACCCAACACGAUCACCACUGUUGGUGUCAGAGCUGCAGCCCAGACACUCCCCCUCUCCUCCUCAGAGGCCCCUGCCCCUCAGCCCCGCCAGAGGGGUGGUGUUACCCGUGAGCCCAGCGAGGGCGAUUCCUCCCAAACCCUCCAAUGGGCUGCUGGUGAUGAUGCCCCCUGCCGUCGGCCCCAAACCAGUGGGCAAGCUGUCCGUCAUCCCUCCUCUCAAAGCACUCCGACUGGUCCCAGGAGCGAAACCAAACACAGUCUCCUCGCCUUUUCGAAAAUGACCUUGGGACCCGAGCCUUGCCUUUCCGAGAGGAGCCUAUCAGGAGCCAGCAGUCAGUCAGCAACAGUCGGCCUAUUUGCACUACAGCGACCUUGUUGGAGGGCUGGUACAAGACAGGUGUUGACCAACAGUAAUAGCUAGGGGGCAAGGCAGAGGCUGAUGGAGGGGGGGAAGAGGAGGGGGGUGUUGGAGAGGGAAGGAAGAAGGGGGGGGGG